CCUUCAUCUCUGUUUCCAGCUUGCCACGCCAUAAGCAGAUUUUCCUCUGUCAGUUCUCUCCGCCAUGCAGCCCUACCUCCGGAGCCAGUGGACUAUGAACUGAAACCUCUACUAACUGUGAGCCAAAAUAAGCCCUUCCUGCUUUAAGUUAUGGGUGUCGGGUACUGUGUGCCUGCAAAUGAGUCCCUCGAGCGCACUUACCCUGACGGAUACAGCACAGUGAAUCUGCACACAGCCCUCUACAACCCCAGAUCGAGGAAGAGAACGUUUCCACGUUCAGCCGAGAUUCCUCGCGGUCCUGCCCCCAUCCCUCACAGGGUCAAAAUGGUUUCAAUCCCAGAAUACUACGAAGGGAAGAAUGUUCUUCUUACAGGAGCUACUGGUUUUCUAGGAAAGGUACUUCUGGAAAAGUUGCUGAGAUCUUGUCCUAAGGUGAAUUCAGUGUAUGUUUUGGUAAGGCAGAAAGCUGGACAGACACCCCAAGAGCGAAUGGAAGAAAUCCUUAGUAGCAAGCUCUUUGACAGAUUGAGAGAUGAAAAUCCAGAUUUUAGAGAGAAAAUUGUAGCAAUCAACAGUGAACUCACUCAACCUAAACUGGCUCUUAGUGAAGAAGAUAAAGAGGUCAUCGUAGAUUCUACUAAUAUUAUAUUCCAUUGUGCAGCUACAGUACGGUUUAAUGAAAAUUUAAGAGAUGCCGUUCAGUUAAAUGUGAUUGCUACACAACAGCUUAUUCUCCUUGCGCAACAAAUGAAGAAUCUGGAAGUGUUCAUGCAUGUCUCAACAGCAUAUGCCUACUGCAAUCGAAAGCAUAUUGAUGAAGUAGUGUACCCACCACCUGUAGAUCCCAAGAAGCUGAUUGAUUCUUUAGAAUGGAUGGAUGAUGACUUAGUAAAUGAUAUCACACCAAAAUUAAUAGGAGACAGACCUAAUACAUACAUAUACACGAAAGCAUUGGCAGAGUAUGUUGUACAGCAAGAAGGAGCAAAGCUAAAUGUGGCAAUUGUGAGGCCUUCAAUUGUUGGUGCCAGUUGGAAAGAACCUUUUCCUGGAUGGAUUGAUAACUUUAAUGGACCAAGUGGCCUCUUUAUUGCGGCAGGGAAAGGAAUUCUUCGAACAAUGCGUGCCUCCAAUAACGCCCUUGCAGAUCUUGUUCCUGUAGAUGUAGUUGUCAACACAAGCCUUGCAGCAGCCUGGUAUUCUGGAGUUAAUAGACCAAGAAACAUCAUGGUAUAUAACUGUACAACAGGCAGCACUAAUCCUUUCCAUUGGGGUGAAGUUGAACGUUGUAUAACUCAUUUCUUCAGGAUGAAUCCUUUUAACCAAGUAAUAAGGCACCCCAGUUUUAAGUUCUGUUCCAACAACCUGUUGUUACGUUAUUGGAAGGGUGUCAGACAUACAGUACCUGCAUUAUUGCUCGAUCUUGCUCUCAGGUUGACAGGUCAGAAACCGUGGAUGAUGAAAACAAUAACUCGUCUUCACAAAGCUAUGGUGUUUCUUGAAUAUUUCACAAGUAAUUCUUGGGGUUGGAAUACUGAUAAUGUCACUAUGUUAAUGAAUCAACUAAACCCUGAAGAUAAAAAGACCUUCAAUAUUGAUGUACGACAGUUACAUUGGGCAGAAUAUAUAGAAAACUACUGCAUGGGAACUAAGAAAUAUGUUUUGAAUGAAGAAAUGUCUGGUCUUCCUGCAGCUAGAAAGCAUUUGAACAAGUUGCGGAACAUCCGUUACGGUUUCAAUACUAUCCUUGUGAUCCUGAUCUGGCGCAUUUUUAUUGCAAGGUCACAAAUGGCAAGAAAUAUCUGGUACUUUGUGGUUAGUCUAUGUUACAAGUUUCUGUCAUACUUCAGAGCAUCCAGCACUAUGAGAUACUGAAGACCAAGAAUUUUGCAUUAGAACAUCUAUGCAUUUGGUGGUCUAAAUGCACAAAAUGUAAAAUGUACUUAAGUCAUCUUUAAGUCAUCUCACCUUUUGUCAAGACAUUAAACCAUAUUAGAUGAGUGUAUAGAGUAAAACAUGGUACAUUUUAUGUAACAUUUUAAUGUUUGUGCUCAUAAAAUCUAGUGAACAAACUUUUGUAUGGCAGUUCAAAGCUGUCUACAAGAGCCACCAAUACUAUGAUUUAACAUUUUGAUCCAUGGAAAGAAAGGAGUAGGAUAAAGACAAGAAUAGGGAAAUAGAAACAUUGACCAGCAUAACUGUGCAAUUCUGGAACAUAUUAAUUAAAAAUGCCUUAACAUAUAAUUCUAAUAUUCAGUGCAAUGGGGAGAAUUUAUUUGGACUAGCUAAGUUGGUAGAUACUUGAUUCUUAAAUGUUUGAUUUUUUUUCAUCAGUUUUAAUGGAUUUUAGUUUUAUUAAAACUAUAGCCAAACUAUUUUUACUUCAUUCUGUAAGUUAUUGAGUGGUAUCAAACAUGAAAAAUAUGUUCUCAUUUUUCUUUUUCUGAUUAAAUGCCUAGUACAUAUCAUUUUUCUAUAAGUAUAAUCAGUUGCUUUUCUAAUCAGAAGGCUAUAUAUUAAGGACCUAUUGGAUCUAAACAAGUUUGAAAAUCCGUAUCAGUAAAAGUAUGUUAGCAUCCAAAAGAGUAGGACUAAACUUUUGUUGUCCAAAUUUUGAUUGAAUAAAAAUCCUGUGAAGAUUGUGUCCAUGAAAGGAUUUCUUGAGACUUUUAUGCUCUCUUCCCUUUAUACAUAGUGUUUUAGGACUUUUAAAAGGCUCAUACUGUCUUUCAAAUGAAAUCUGAAAGUGCAUUAUUAUGGAAGAAUGUAUUUGCAGCUAGUAAUAACAUCAAGAAAAUGUCCUCAUGUGUGCAAACACAUAAUAAUUUUGACAUUGAAAGUUGAAUUCCUUCAAGAAAAAUAUAAUGCAUAAUGUGUAUAAAAUUAAAUAAAGGACUUUAUUUACAUACCACCUAAAGUAGCAAACUGUUGAAUGAGUUUGAAGAUAUCACUUAUUUUUUUCUGCAUGGGUUUUAGCUUUAGAAAGAAAUGCAUUAUAGAAACAUUACAGCAAGAAAAUUGCAUAUUUUAAUGAUACAUUCCCUGUAAAACUCAAUAAAUAGUAGUUUACUAUUUGAAGUUAAGUUUGAUUCAACAGAUCAUUCAACAUAUCACUGUUUUAAUUAAACUGAAGUUGUAAGUUAUCAGCAGUGUAUCUUGAAUAUGUUUAAAGAGGUCAAUUCACAAUAUAAAAAGUUACAUGUAACUUUCCAUACUAAUUUUCUUUGUUUAAAUGCCAUGUGUAAGAAGUUUAUUUUGUAAGUGUAAUGGAAAUCACCUUCUUACAUGCAGGUGUAUAAUCUUGAAAAGGAAAAAUGCUUCCAUGUUGAAGCUAGAUUUUCUGUAGUAAAACUUUUAAACAUUAUUUUAAAAGAAAUAUUUAUGUAAAUACGUAUAUAUUAUUUGGAAUAAUGCCGAAGUCUCUGGUUUAGGACGGUACCUUGUAAUGAGGUGUGAGUGACAUGAGAGCGUGUGAGAGUGGGAUAAGUGAUGAAGCCUUUAAGGUGGCCCAUGUAAUGUACAUUGAGCACUCCAUCUCUCCAAACACAUUUCCGUAAUGCGUUGAAGUCAUGCCACCAUUUGUAUGAUUUUUAUACUCCUGCCAGAUACCUAAAAUCAGAUGAAUUUGUGUGUUACAAAAGAAUCAGGGCACAGCUGUAGGCCUGUGAAGUACAUAGAGUUUGUUUUCUCAGCAGUGCUGCUGUUUUUUGAAUUUACAGAAAUGUUAACUAGUAGGGUGCUGAGGCUACUGCAUUAAUUUUGUGUGUCUGAGAUUCUGUUGUGGAAGGUAAAAUACAAAUUGAGUUCUAAAAUUAGUAUAAUGAUAUAUAGAUUAAUAAUCUAUACCAACUAGAUUUUGGAUUUAAGUCAAAUUGAGAGAUUCUGGAAAUUCAUUGUGCUUGUGUCAUUUGCUAGGCAAUGUUUAUAGUUCUGUGUUUUCUCCACAAAUUCAUUAUUUUACUGGACCACCUAUAAAAUAAAUUUAUUUCAUUUAAUCUGAUAAAACUGUAAUCUGAAACAUUUGGUUGUGCGUCCCCUCUCUCCUGACUCUUAGCUCUGGUACGUGUAUUUGUAAAUUGUGAUGUCAGUGUGACCUUAUUUAAAUUUACUUAGCAUCAUGAAUAUGUCCUAAAACUCGGUGCAGAGGAGAAGGCACUGUGGUUUUGGGUGUUUUGUUUGUUUGUUUCUUUCUUUCUUUUGCUUUUUAACUCCAGGAUCUCAUCAAAUAUUCUUUGAAUCUGUGUAAUAAUGCCUGGAAACGGGGAGAGAAAAGAUCUCUUUUCUCCCCUUUUUUGUGUCUGUAGGAACUUAUUUCAGAUUUAAAAUUUUUCUUUAAUGUAACCUAAUACUCUUUUAUAAGCAGUAAAUAGAAGCAUUUUCGGGUGCCUUUGUUUGUAAACCAAAAAGUAAUAAAUUAAUCUCUAUAUUUCCA